UAUUCCAUAAAUUAACCUCAGCUAAAACAACAUACUUGUCAGACUCCAACAGAUGAAUCACUGGUGGACACAACAGCGUCAGAAUAACAAUAAAUCGGCGAAUGGCUACAGACUUCUGUUCUCUGCACCUCGAUGAGACCACCAUGUCCUGAAAAGUAAGAGGAGCUCUCUGGUGAGCAGAAGUUCUGGAAAAGGUCAAAGGUCUUGGGUUAAGCAUGUUGUCAGUGGAGGUCGCCGUGGCUUUUGUGCUGUGCAGUGUGCUGAUGAAAGCCAGAGCUCUGAUUGAUUCUGAUGAUGUCCUCACCAGAGAUGAACAGAUCUUUCUCCUAAUUGGUGCACGCGCGAGGUGUGAGAGAAACAUCCGUGCACAGUUAGACGUGGUCAGAGAGGAUUACUGUCUUCCUGAGUGGGAUGGGAUCAUUUGCUGGCCUGCAGGAAAACCCAGUCAGAUGAUUGCAGUUCUGUGUCCUGAGUACAUCUAUGACUUCAACCACAGAGGACAUGCAUAUCGCCACUGUGAUGCAUCAGGUUACUGGGAGCAGGUGUCCACUAUAAACCGGACAUGGGCCAACUACACAGAAUGCACCACUUACCUGCACACUAACCACAGCAAUCAGGAGGAUGUAUUUGAGCGUCUUUACCUCAUGUACACUAUUGGAUACUCCAUAUCACUGGCAGCGUUACUGGUAGCUGUCUUUAUCCUUUGCUAUUUCAAACGUCUCCACUGCACCCGUAACUACAUCCACAUCCACCUCUUCACCUCAUUCAUAUGCAGAGCAAUCAGUAUAUUUGUGAAAGACGCCGUUCUUUACACCGUCGCAGAUGACGGCAGACUAGAGGACGGGGCAGUUGGACAAAGACCUAUGGUGGGCUGCAAGGUUGCUGUGACCCUCUUCCUGUAUCUCUUGGCAACCAAUCAUUAUUGGAUCCUGGUCGAGGGUCUGUACUUGCAUAGUCUGAUCUUCAUGGCCUUCCUGUCUGAUAAGAACUGUCUGUGGGCUUUAACAAUCAUAGGCUGGGGGAUACCCGCAGUGUUUGUGUCCAUAUGGGUCAGUGCCCGAGCAUCUCUGGCAGACACACAGUGCUGGGAUAUAAGCGCAGGCAACCUGAAAUGGAUCUAUCAAGUACCAAUCCUGGCAUCCAUUGUUGUAAACUUCUUCCUCUUCCUCAAUAUCAUCAGGGUUUUGGCCUCUAAGUUGUGGGAAACAAAUACAGGAAAACUGGAUCCUAGACAGCAGUACAGGAAGCUGCUGAAGUCGACCCUGGUGCUGAUGCCGCUGUUUGGAGUUCAUUACAUGCUGUUCAUGGCUCUUCCGUACACUGACGUCACAGGUCUACUGUGGCAGAUUCAGAUGCAUUAUGAGAUGCUCUUCAACUCCUCACAGGGUUUCUUUGUGGCCUUUAUUUACUGCUUCUGCAAUGGGGAGGUGCAGGCAGAGGUGAAGAAGGCAUGGCUGAGGCGCAGUCUUGCGUUAGACCUGAAGCAGAAGGCUCGUGUCAACAGCAGUGCGGGAUGUGGAAGUGGCUACUAUGGAGGCAUGAUGUCACACACCACCACACAGAGCGUGUGUCUCAGUGUCAGUGGUACCAAGGGCCUGCCGCUGGGAGCCAUCGGGGGCAAAGGACAAUCGCGUCUCCACCAUUCAGGAAACUUACCUAGUUACACGCCUCAUGACACGGAGACUGUGUUUUUUACAGUGCAGCAUGAGCUGGUUCUGAGGCAGACUGAUGGGAAAGGGUCUCAGUCCAAGCAGACCGGCAGGAAUGCAGAGGAAAGUGAGCAUGAUUGUGAGCCAUGUUUUGUAGCAGAUGAGGAGCAUUCUGGUUCGGUGUCUUGGAAAGAACUGGAAACGGUGCUUUGAUGGUGUCCUG